AGGCGUGAAACGGGUGAUGACGACGAUGGACGGUCCAUGGGUCGAGAUGGGCGCUCGGCUGGUCGAGAUGCCCACCGCGAUGGCCGGGACGGCCGGGACGGCCGGGACGGCCGUGACCGUGACCGGCGAAGGGAGGAGGACGAGAAGGAACGAGAGAAGGAACGAGAAGAGCGGGAACAUGCUCGUGCGAAAGAGAAAGAGCAGAGAGCAGUGCAGAAUGUUGUUAGCUGCUUUAACCGAAUGAAGGGAAUCAAUUUGAGUAAUUUCGAGAGCCUGAAGUCCGACUUCGAAAGGAUCAUGGCAUCUGAGCUACCAUACACAGGUGCAAAGGAAUCCGAGCUUCGUGGAGAAGCCACUCGUGUUUUGGCUGACGCAGAGGAGACCAUCGCGAAGGCAAAGAAAGCUCAUGAAGAGGAGAUGAAAAGGAAGGAGGAGGAAGAAAGAGUCAGAUUGGAACAAGAAGCAAAGGCCAAAAGACAACAGGCUGCCAAUCUGAAUGUCCUAAAGGCCCUGCAAAAGCUUCAAGAUGCAACUCCUCAAAACUGGGCUCAGAUGAGUGCUGAAUUUCAAGAGGUGAUUCGCACGGAGUUGCCUGAGACAGGAGAUCAGCGCGAGCAGUUGCAGGCUGAAGCUGAUCGUGUCUUCGGAUAUGCCGAACAAUACGUGAAGCAAAUGGAGCAGAAGCAGAAGGAAGAACAGGAGCGAGAGAGGAUCCGCCAAGAAGAGCUGAAAGUGAAGGAGCAGCAAAUCAGGCAAACUGUGGCAGAGGUGGAAAAGCUGUUGGUGAAAGCUGAAGAAGAGGCUCAGAAGGCUCGAAGUGUUACGGAGCAGCUUUAUCAGUUAGUGAAUUCGGCCAAUUCGGCCAAUUCGGCACCUAGAGAAUCCUUGGCUGCCUCCUUCCCGGCACGUGCUGAAGAGGCCCUGCGGACAGGGAAGACCGCGUCUCGUUUGGGUCAAGUUGCACAAAAAGCCUGUGAGGCUUGCUGGAAGUUCUUGGAUGAACAUCGUAUGCAGAUUUUUGAACAUGAAAAUCUGCGACACGAAGUCGCUCAAUUUGUCCAACGGUCUGAGCAACGGAUGCAACAUGCUCAGAUGGCCGCAUCACAGGCUGUUAAGUUGGCCUCUGAAACCAAGGAGCGGAUUUGCAAUUCCGCUGCACCAAGCAUUUGGGACAAGAAGAACGGUGAGAUCUUUCGUCGAUACGAUCAGGAUGAAGAUGGCAUGCUCUCGCGCAGCGAAGUCACAAACUUCAGCAAGUUGGAGUAUGGUUUUGCCAUUCCAAAGGCAAAUCUUGAAAGAAUUUUCACUCACUUUGCACCUUUUGCUGGCUCUGCCGCCAGUGGCCUGGAGCCAACUCGAUUUCAGCAGCUUCGGACAGCUGUUGGCAUUGCUCGCUUUGAAGCUCGGGCCAAGGCAGCAAAAAGCACUGAAGACGAGGAAACAAAGAAGCAAAAGGAUCAAGUUGAGGCCGAAUACCAAAACAAUCUGAAGCAGCGCCAGAAUGCUAUUGCUUCAGAAGUAGAAGCCAUUUGGAAUGGAAUAGCUUCCUGGAAGGAUCUUGACACAAAGAUAGCAGACGUGGAAUCAACAUCUGCCAGUUUUGUGAAAGCUGCUUCUUCUGAUGUUGGACAAGAGGAGCUUCAACGCUUCGAGGCUGCCUUUGACGGUGCGUUGUCGGCUGCUCGAACAGCAAUCAGCGUUUGCCUCUUUCAACUGAGACAACUGCGACAUCAAGCCACCGAGCUCUCCAUGCACGAGAAAACGAAGACAGAAAAUGCUUCGAAGGAAGACUCGAAGAUGAAGCAGGAAGAAGCUCCUUCGACUGAAGAGAAAAAAGAACAGAAAGAGAAGGGAGAGAAUCCGGAGAACGAAAAAAAAGGAGAAGAAUCUAAAGACGAAAAAGAGAAAGAUGAAAAAGAGAAAGAAAAGAAAGAGGAGAAAGAGAAGGAAAAGUUGGCCAACCCGCUGACCAAACUGAAGGAGAAGUUGACCAAGCUUGCAAGACGUCUUUCGAAGCUCGAAGCACGGCUGGUUCUCUCCGAAAAGAGGGCCUCGGAGGGUCGGAAGGUCACAGCAAAAAUUUUGGCACACAAGGUGGAGGAAGUGCGCCUGGAAGUGGCCAUGAAGCUUCGCCAGGGCAUUGAGCAGCUGGGUGGCAAGGCCAUUGACCUCUUCCAAAUGAUCGGCAAGGGUGAGGACAUGGCCUCUGUUGAAGAGGCACAUGCCUUCCUGAAAGAGAAUAACUGUGACCUGGAAAUGGAGAAGUUGGCAAAGGUCUUCUCAGCGUGCAAGAGCUCUCCUAGCCAGGAUGGAGCUAACAAGGUGACUCGCGAGGAGUUUGCCAGGAUCAUUCGAGUGGUCUACGAGGUGGUGAAAGAGGUGGGCAUCACAGAGAGUUUGGCCAUCGGCCCCGCCAUGCGGACGCUCCAAGUCGGUGAAGUCCUGGAGGUCCAGGCUGGCCCGCGAGCUGAGCCUUCGUCUGAGGGCCUACAGCGAAUCCAUGCGCGUGCGCAGUUGGAUGGUGCUCUAGGCUGGGUGACGCUCUCUAGCAGUGAAGGCCCGUAUUUGGUGAGAAGUGGAUCGAAAGCCAGUCCCUCCUAGCCGUGACAUGCCGUGACCAUCUCAAAAGACAAGCGGCUGAAGCGGCUGAAAAA